UCGGCCUCAUUUUAUAGGAGUCGUCGUCACAAUACCUACCACGCCGCUGGUCGCGUGUCGAUAGACAUCGAGCGUUUAUCAGAAAUCUGUAUUUAAUAAACCGGUUCCAGUCGCUCUGCAACACAGUACAAUACAGGCCGUGCGUGGAGAUUGAUGUUAUUGAAAAUAUAAAAGUUUGAGAGCAAUCAGGAACUAUGGAGAACGGAGCAACGAACGGCAACUCUUCGAAGUUCUUUAACCUCAAGGAAAUGCCACAUAUAAUUAGACCUUUGGAUCGAAAACAAAAAGUUUACGAAAACAUACUAAAUGUGAUAGGAGAUACCCCAUUGGUAAAACUAUCGAAAAUACCUAAGGAGGAAGGUGUACAAUGUCAAAUGUAUGCUAAAUGCGAAUUCGUAAGUCCAGGUGGUUCAGUGAAGGAUCGCAUUGCAUAUAGAAUGGUACAAGAUGCUGAACGACGGGGAGUUCUUAUUCCUGGAAAAUCUGUUAUUAUCGAACCUACUUCCGGAAAUACCGGCAUUGGUUUGGCUUUGGCAUCAGCUGUUAAAGGAUACCGAUGUAUAAUUGUACUACCGGAAAAGAUGUCCGACGAGAAAGUGAACACACUGUUAGCCUUGGGCGCGGAGAUCAUUAGAACACCAACCGAAGCUGCGUCCGAUUCCCCCGAGGGUAACCUCUUGGUGGCACGAAGACUUUCCAAAGAAAUUCCUAAUGCAGUUCUGCUGGAUCAGUACAACAAUGUAUGCAACCCACUGGCACACUACGACGGGACAGCCGAGGAAAUCCUCUGGUCACUGGACGAUGACGUCGACAUGGUAGUCAUAGGCGCCGGGACAUGUGGAACAAUCUCUGGAGUUGCCCACAAAAUUAAAGAGCGCUGCCCUAAAUGUGUCGUGGUGGGCGUAGAUCCUGAUGGUUCUAUACUCGCUGAGCCUGAGGAGCUUAAUGUGUCUGAUAUUCAGAUGUACGAGGUGGAAGGAAUUGGGUACGACUUCCUGCCGCGUACUCUUGAUAGGAAAGUAAUAGAUAAGUGGAUCAAGACAAACGACUGCUGCGCGCUGCAGAUGUCAAGAAGGCUUAUCAAGGAAGAGGGCUUGCUAUGUGGCGGCAGCAGCGGAGCAGUAAUGUCGGCUGCAAUCAAAGCGGCAAAGCAACUGAAAGCUGGCCAGAAGUGUGUAGUUCUUUUGCCAGACAACAUCCGCAACUACAUGACCAAGUUCAUUUCGGACCAGUGGAUGGAAGCACGGAACUUUAAGCCUAUCCCUAAUAAUGACGACUUGUGGUGGUGGAACAAACCCCUUUUGGAGAACAUGGUACCAAGUACAGUGAGCAUCUCACUAAACAGUUCACCCUCUGACGCGAUUGCAGCUUUACGGAAAAGUGAAUCGCCCGUGGUCACGGUCGUGGAUAAUAAAGGAUGCUUAACCGGGGUAUUUACGGCGGACAAUACGAGGAAGAGGCUUGCUAAUAUUUCGGGAUCAAGUACGGAUGGUCUCGAGAAGUUUGUAGUGAAGAAGAUUUAUAAGGUGGAUCUUUCAAACAACCCCACACUGGGCGCUGUGUCCCGGAUACUGGAUAUAGCGCCUUAUGUCGUUGUCGUUAAAACAGAAUCACCACAAAGCACUCCGAAAGUCAUCGGCGCGAUCACAUCAGACGAUCUACUUAUAUUUAUCAGCAGCAAUCAACACGCUACGACGACUGCGGAUUCUCUAAGCACCAAAACUCAAAAUGGAAAUGUUGCUUCUCCUGAUAAGAAGAGUCCAAAAUCCUCAUCAGAUAAUGUUCAAACCAUACAAGCAAAUUCUAGCAUCACUGUAUAAGUGAAAUAAGUAUCAUUAUCAACCAUACAUUUAAGACUUUAAAACUGCUGAUCACACACCAGGCCAUUCAUAGUACAACAAAAAAAUUCAAUUCUUUGUAAUAACAUUUAAUUUAAUGUAUUGAAGAAUGCAGCUUUGGUGCAGAUCAGUAUGCUAAGUUGCAUAGAACAUCAUACACAGAAAGCCGAAAUUGCACCAGACAGGCCAGAUAUUAUCUGAUCACAUGUGAUCAGCUUUGAAUCCGACCAAUUAGCACUGUGUGUCUGAUGCUGAAAAAUCUUACCAAUUGGAUUAAACAACUACCCUUUUCAGACGCCCAGUGCUGCAGGCUAAAAAAAUGCUAUGCUCAUUGUAAAACUCUCACAGAAGAAAAAGCUCACAAGUUACAAUAUUUUAACUUUACCUUUUCCCAUGUGUGAUACCUACCUAUGUUUUAAAAACAAUUUUUUACACAUUUUUUAAAAUAGUGUAUUAGUCAGGUAUUUGUGGUUGUAAAGGUAAUUAAAUAUUAUAUCUCAAAACUUUAUUUCUUUAGAAAUAAUUGAACCUUUCUAUUGAAACACAAAUUAGUUUUAAUAGUCACUGUAUGCAGAAUGUACUAUAUUCAGUUAGCAAAAUUUUUUGACACCUUAGAAAUACAUGAUAUUUCAAUGGAUAUUUAAUUUAGGUAUAUUUAAUAAUGGUUAUUUCUUCAAAUACAUUGUUUUGUAUAAUAGAUUAAUCUAUAUUGUGUAUCAAUGAAAUUUUAAGAUCAUAAUCUUAUUACAAUUUUUUAGAAAAAUGGGUUCAGAGCAACCUAUUUUGGAAAUUUAUUUCUUUUUAGUCUCAAAAUAAACUACAACAUUAAAUAAUAAUAAAUGACAUGAAAACUAGUCUGUAUUAUGAAAAAUCUGUAUUAUCAGACUAUUAUAUAUUAGAGAUAAUAUUGUUCAAAAGAUAAAGAUGAAAACGCUAAGCUAGUUUGUUUCAAACAAUACACUUAUA